CAACGCCACUCCUUCGCCCUUGCUGUUUACAAAAAUCACUGUUGCGAUUUUUUCGGCAAUUUCAUCUUUCAGCGCAACAAGUUGAACCUGCAACUAGGAAACUGGAGCCGCUCUCGUCAUGCCGGACAUCAAGAUAACGCCGCUGGGCGCCGGCCAGGAUGUGGGCCGCAGCUGCCUGCUGCUCUCGAUGGGCGGCAAGAACAUAAUGCUCGACUGCGGCAUGCAUAUGGGCUACAAUGACGAGCGCCGAUUUCCAGACUUCUCGUACAUUGUGCCAGAGGGUCCAAUAACCAGCCAUAUCGACUGUGUGAUCAUCUCCCACUUCCACCUGGAUCAUUGCGGCGCCUUGCCCUACAUGUCGGAGAUUGUGGGCUACACAGGGCCCAUCUACAUGACGCACCCGACCAAGGCCAUAGCUCCGAUCCUGCUGGAAGACAUGCGAAAAGUGGCCGUGGAGCGAAAGGGCGAGUCGAACUUUUUCACCACACAGAUGAUCAAGGACUGCAUGAAGAAGGUGAUACCGGUGACGCUCCACCAGAGCAUGAUGGUCGACACGGAUCUAGAGAUCAAGGCAUACUAUGCGGGCCACGUUCUCGGUGCCGCCAUGUUCUGGAUAAAGGUUGGCUCGCAAAGCGUCGUCUAUACGGGCGACUACAACAUGACGCCGGACAGGCAUCUUGGGGCCGCCUGGAUCGACAAAUGUCGACCGGACCUGCUGAUCUCUGAGAGCACCUACGCUACGACCAUUAGGGAUUCGAAGCGUUGUCGGGAACGUGACUUUCUCAAGAAGGUUCACGAGUGCGUGGCGAAGGGCGGCAAGGUGUUGAUUCCCGUCUUCGCCUUAGGCCGCGCCCAAGAGCUGUGCAUCCUACUAGAGACCUACUGGGAGCGCAUGAACCUUAAGUAUCCCAUCUACUUUGCUCUGGGUCUCACGGAGAAGGCCAACACCUAUUACAAAAUGUUCAUCACCUGGACAAACCAGAAGAUCCGCAAAACCUUUGUCCACCGCAACAUGUUCGAUUUCAAGCACAUCAAACCCUUUGACAAGGCCUACAUCGACAAUCCUGGUGCCAUGGUGGUAUUCGCCACUCCCGGCAUGCUGCACGCCGGCCUGUCCCUGCAGAUCUUCAAGAAAUGGGCGCCGAACGAGAACAACAUGGUGAUUAUGCCCGGCUAUUGUGUCCAAGGCACCGUCGGCAACAAGAUCCUGGGCGGCGCCAAAAAGGUGGAGUUCGAAAACCGCCAAGUGGUGGAAGUCAAAAUGGCUGUGGAGUACAUGAGCUUCUCGGCGCAUGCCGAUGCCAAAGGCAUAAUGCAGCUAAUCCAGAACUGUGAGCCCAAAAACGUAAUGCUAGUCCACGGCGAAGCUGAGAAAAUGAAAUUCCUGCGCUCCAAGAUCAAGGACGAGUUCAAUUUGGAAACAUAUAUGCCGGCCAAUGGCGAGACCUGUGUAAUAUCCACGCCCGUUAAAAUACCCGUAGAUGCCUCUGUCUCCCUGCUGAAAGCCGAGGCCCGCAGCUACAACGCCCAGCCGCCGGAUCCCAAGCGACGGCGGCUUAUCCAUGGCGUCCUAGUGAUGAAGGACAAUCGAAUAAUGCUGCAGAACCUGACCGAUGCCCUCAAGGAGAUCGGCAUCAAUAGACAUGUAAUGCGAUUCACGUCCAAGGUCAAGAUGGACGAUCCUGGGCCUAUGGUCCGUACCAGCGAGCGGCUAAGGACUCUCCUCGAGGAGAAGUUGGCCGGCUGGACGGUUACGAUGCAGGAAAACGGCUCCAUUGCCAUAGAGUCUGUGGAGGUGAAAAUAGAGGAAGACGAGAAGGAUCCCAAACAGAAGACCAUUUUCAUAUCCUGGACCAACCAGGACGAGGAUAUCGGAGCCUAUAUACUGAAUGUCCUGCAGAAUAUGUGCUAGGUUUUUGGGCCAGCGAAGACGCCACCCAAUGAAAUCCCAAACCCAAGCCUUAAUUCCAUAGAUAAGCACAAAGUGUAGACAUAAACUUUCUGAAAUUUGAUUGUGGGUCAAAAUAUACGUAAAUAUUCCAAUAAGA